AUGGAGCAUGUGAAAAGUUUGGAAGGAACCGAGCCAACUAAACAAACUCCGAGAACGCCUCAGAAACAUCUGUCGGGUAUAUUUGGCUCGGGAGUCGUUCCAAGACGCGUACUCCGGGCCGAUGACAAGUACCUCGGAAAUCGCAUCAAGGAAUCAUCCCGAGCUAGAUUAGAAAACACCUCGGAGACCCUGCGGGUAAUCUUCCGACCCGAAUUUAGCAGCGCCUCGGGUACUUCACGAUACCACCCCGAGGCGAAUCUCGUAAACGCUUCGGGUAAACGGUCUAACUCGCACAAAACGAGCCGUUUGACUACAAACCGACAAGAGGUACCCGGCUCGGAAGAAAAUUCACUCAAGCCAAAACAUCUCAAUCCUAAAGGAAAGAUAUAG